AUGGGUCUAUCCAGAAGUUUUGUCUUCCUCUUACUCCUGUACCUGCUUCAGGAAUCAAACACUUCCUUUGUGAGGCUGAGUGACAAUGGUUAUGAAGAUAUCAUCAUUGCUAUUGAUCCUAGUGUGCCAGAAGAUGAAACAAUAAUUAAACAAAUACAGGAAAUGGUGACUUCAGCAUCUACCUACCUGUUUGAAGCCACAGAAAGAAGAUUUUUUUUCAAAAAUGUAUCUAUAUUAAUUCCCGAGAGUUGGACAAAUAAGCUUCAAUACAGGAGGCCAAGUCAUGAGAGCUACAAGCAUGCAGAUGUUAUCGUUGCACCACCUGCCAUCCCAGGCAGAGAUGAACCGUACACUAGGCAGUUCACAGAGUGUGAAGAGAAAGGAGAAUACAUUCAUUUCACUCCUGACUUUGUACUGGGAAGAAAAGAAAAUGAAUAUGGACAUUCAGGUAGACUGUUCGUCCAUGAAUGGGCCCACCUCCGCUGGGGAGUAUUUGAUGAGUACAAUGAAGACCAGCCUUUCUAUGCAGCUUCGUCAAAGAAAAUUGAAGCAACAAGGUGUUCCACGGGAAUCUCUGGUAUAAAUAGAGUUCGCACAUGCCAAGGAGGCAGUUGUACAACUAGAAAUUGCAGAACUAAUUCCACCACAAAAUUGUAUGAGAAAAAUUGUCAGUUCUUCCCUGACAAAAUUCAAUCAGAAAAGGCAUCCAUAAUGUUUAUGCAAAGUAUUGAUUCUGUCACUGAAUUCUGUAAUGAAAAUAACCAUAACCGAGAAGCUCCAAGUAUACACAACAUGAAGUGCAAUUACAGAAGCACAUGGGAAGUAAUCAGAAUGUCUGAGGAUUUUAGAAACAGCACACCGAUGGAGACACCACCCUCUCCACCUGUCUUCUCAUUGCUGAGAGUCAGCGAAAGGUUUCUGUGCUUAGUUCUUGAUAUAUCUGGAAGCAUGGCUAGUGCUGACCGCCUCAAUCGAAUGAAUCAAGCAGCAAAAUACUUUCUGCUGCAGAUAAUUGAAGAUGGAUCUUGGGUAGGGAUGGUACACUUUAAUAAUGUUGCCUAUAAUAAAAGUGAGCUAAUCCAAAUAAAAAGCAACACAGAAAGAAACAAGCUUUUGGAAAGCUUACCGACCAUAGCGUCUGGAGGAACUUCUAUCUGCUCUGGAAUUCGGUCUGCAUUUAAGGUGUUUAAAAAUCGAAAUUCCCAAAUAGAUGGGUCUGAAAUUGUGUUGCUGACUGAUGGGGAGGACAACACUGUGAGUAGUUGUAUUGAUGAGGUGAGAGACAGCGGGACCAUCGUUCACUUCAUUGCCCUGGGACCAUCUGCUGACAAAGCUGUAGAUCAAAUGGUCACUAUAACAGGAGGAAUAUAUCAUUUUGCUUCAGAUGAAGCCCAGAACAAUGGCCUCGUUGAUGCUUUUGGGGCUCUUGUUUCAGAAAAUGCUGAUAUCUCCCAGAAGUCACUUCAGCUUGAAAGUAAGGGAUUCACACAGAUUCAGAGUAACGACUGGAUAAAUGACACUGUAGUAAUUGACAGCACAGUGGGAAAGGACACAUUCUUUCUCAUCACAUGGAAGCAACAGGCUCCUGAUAUUUCUCUGUGGGACCCCAAAGGAACACAAGUCACAAAUUUCAUGGUGGACACAGCUUCCAAAAUGGCCUAUAUCAGUAUUCCAGGGACUGCUCAGGACGGCAUUUGGACUUACAAUCUUAAAGCCAAAGCAAACCAAGAAAUAUUAACAAUUACAGUAACCUCUCGGGCAGCAAAUUCUUCUGUACCCCCAAUCACAGUAAAUGCUAAAAUGAACAAGGACACAAGCAGCUACCCCAGCCCAAUGAUUGUCUAUGCAGAAGUUCUACAAGGGUAUGUUCCCAUCAUUGGAGCCAAUGUGACUGCUCUCAUAGAAUCAAACAGUGGAAAUAUAGAAGUUUUGGAUCUUCUGGAUAACGGUGCAGGUGCUGAUUCCUUCAAGGAUGAUGGGGUCUACUCCAGGUAUUUUACAGCUUAUUCGGAAAAUGGCAGAUAUAGCUUAAAAGUGCGAGCUCAUGGAGGAACAAAUUCUGCCCGGAGAAGCUUACGGCAUCCACCGAAUAGAGCCGCGUACAUACCAGGCUGGGUAGUAGAUGGGGAAAUUGAAGGGAACCCGCCGAGACCUGAAACAGCUGAGGCUACUCAGCCAGUCUUGGAGAAUUUCAGCAGGACAGCACUGGGAGGUGCUUUUGUGGUAUCAGAAGUUCCAGCAGGCAGGCCUGACAAGUUCCCGCCAAGUCAGAUCACAGACCUUCAUGCCACACUUGAUGGAGAUGAGAUCAGCCUAACAUGGACAGCACCAGGAGAUGAUUUUGAUGUUGGAAGAGUUCAAAAGUAUGUCAUAAGAAUAAGUGAAAACAUCACUGACCUAAGAGACCAUUUUGAUGGGGCUCUUCAAGUUAAUACUACUUACCUGCUUCCAAAUGAUGCCAACUCCAAAGAGACCUUUGCCUUUAAACCAGAAAACAUCUCAGAAGAAAAUGCGACCCACAUAUUUGUUGCCAUUAAAAGUGUGGACAAAAGCAAUUUGACAUCAAAACUGUCCAACAUUGCACAAGUAGCUCUUUUCAUCCCCCAGGCAGAUUCUACCCAGGCAGGUUCUAGUCCUGGUGAAAACCCUCCUGAUGGAAAUCCUCAGUCUGGAGUUAGUAUUUCUACUAUUGUGCUGUCCGUGGUGGGGUCUGUUGUUCUUGUUUGUAUUAUUUUAAGUGCCACUAUUUGUAUCUUAAAGAAGAGAUCUUCAACAAGACCCGUAACAGCAUUUUGA